GUAUAUCCUGUCGAGGAGGAGGAGGAGAGGCAGGGGGCGCGGGGCCGGCAGGCUGCUUGCUCUCCGGGUCCCUGCUCAAUAGGCACCGCUGGAGGUACAAAAAGUCGCCCUGCCUCCUCCGCGCCCGCGGACCGAGCUGGCAGCCGGCACCGGCCACUGAGCGGUGACAUCCCCUGCCCAGAGCAGCAUCCCCACCUCCUUCGUCUCCUUCCCUCCCUCCCCCCUCCUUCCAUCCCUCCCUCCCUCCUCUUUCCCCUCUUCCUCCUCCUCCCGCAGCCAGGAUCCGCACCCAGUCGGAGCUGGGCUUGGCACCGGCGCCCACUUCUCCCUCCGUGCGCCCAGCUGCUGGCCGCGCCGCGCCGCGCCGCGCCGCGGAGGAAGAGGAGGAGGAAGAGGAGGAGGAGGAGGAGCGGGGCAGCAACGGCGCUCCUGCCUCCGCGGGUGCGGGCGAGUGCGCGGGCGGGCGCGCAGCCCCGAUGCCAGGCGGGCUCCCGGCCGCCGCCUGGGAGCAUCCCGCCAGCACUUCUCCGCCGAGGCACCGCCGGCCCUUGGGAUUAAAAUACUGCGCUGGGCAGCCGAGGGACGGCAGACAGGUACCUGUUAUGCCAUUUCUUUGGUGAAGGCUACUCAGCAGUGGUGACCUCUCCCAAUCGACCACUCCACAAGUUAUUAUCUCUGGACUCCCAGCUGGCACCCUGCUGGAAGCUAGAGCUGCAGAGACGACUGGAAUUGUGCCUGCUCUCAUCAAAAGGAGAAAAAAAAGAUGAAGUUGGGCAAAGUGGAGUUCUGCCAUUUGUUGCAGAUAAUAGCUCUUUUCCUGUGUCUUUCUGGGAUGAAUCAAGCAGAGCCCUCAAGGUCCAGGUCAAAGCCCUACUUUCAAUCAGGGAGGACAAGAACCAAACGCAGCUGGGUGUGGAAUCAAUUCUUUGUGCUGGAAGAAUACAUGGGCACAGACCCACUCUAUGUAGGAAAGCUUCACUCUGAUGUUGAUAAAGGAGAUGGUUCCAUCAAAUACAUCUUGUCAGGCGAAGGGGCAAGUUCCAUUUUCAUUAUUGAUGAGAACACAGGGGAUAUUCAUGCUACAAAGAGGCUGGAUCGAGAAGAGCAGGCCUACUACACACUCCGAGCACAAGCACUAGAUAGGCUGACUAAUAAACCGGUGGAACCAGAAUCUGAGUUCGUCAUUAAGAUUCAGGACAUCAAUGACAAUGAGCCAAAAUUUCUGGAUGGUCCUUACACUGCUGGAGUUCCUGAGAUGUCUCCUGUGGGUACCUCUGUGGUUCAAGUAACAGCCACUGAUGCAGAUGAUCCUACUUACGGCAACAGUGCCCGAGUGGUUUACAGCAUAUUGCAAGGACAACCUUACUUUUCUGUGGAGCCAAAGACAGGUGUUAUCAAGACUGCCCUUCCAAAUAUGGAUAGAGAAGCGAAGGACCAGUAUCUACUAGUUAUUCAAGCAAAGGACAUGGUUGGGCAAAAUGGUGGAUUAUCAGGAACAACAUCUGUAACUGUCACACUGACUGAUGUAAAUGACAACCCACCCCGCUUUUCACGACGAUCAUAUCAAUAUAAUGUCCCAGAGUCUUUACCUGUGUCUUCUGUGGUGGCCAGAAUAAAAGCUGCAGAUGCAGAUGUGGGACCCAAUGCUGAAAUGGAGUAUAAGAUUGUAGAUGGUGAUGGUUUGGGAGUAUUCAAAAUUUCUGUGGACAAAGACACUCAGGAAGGAAUCAUCACCAUUCAGAAGGAGCUGGAUUUUGAAGCUAAAACAAGCUAUACCCUGAGGAUAGAAGCAGCCAAUAUGCAUGUUGACCCUCGCUUCCUGAGUCUUGGACCCUUCAAUGACAUGACAACAGUGAAGAUAAUUGUAGAAGAUGUUGAUGAGCCGCCUGUGUUUACUUCACAUUUGUACUCCAUGGUGGUGUCUGAAGCAGCAAAGGUUGGCACUAUCAUUGGAACUGUAGCAGCCCAUGAUCCAGAUGCCUCAAAUAGUCCUGUCAGGUACUCAAUAGAUCGAAACACAGACCUUGAGAGGUAUUUCAAUAUUGAUGCCAACAGUGGAGUCAUUACAACUGCCAAGUCUUUGGACAGGGAAACAAAUGCGGUUCAUAAUAUCACAGUCUUGGCUAUGGAGAGUCAGAAUCCAGCACAGAUUGGGAGAGGAUAUGUAGCCAUCACUAUCCUUGACAUCAAUGACAAUGCCCCUGAGUUUGCCAUGGAGUAUGAGACAACUGUCUGUGAAAAUGCUCAACCUGGCCAGGUCAUACAGAAAAUCAGUGCAAUUGAUAAAGAUGACCCACCGAACGGCCAUCAGUUCUACUUCAGUUUAACAGCAGAGGCAGCAAAUAACCACAAUUUUACACUUCAGGACAACAAAGAUAACACUGCAACAGUAUUAACCAGAAGAAAUGGUUUCCGAAGACAGGAACAAUCUGUUUUUUAUUUGCCAAUAUUCAUUGUGGACAGUGGGUCACCUUCACUGAGUAGCACUAAUACACUCACCAUCAGAGUCUGUGACUGUGAUGCAGAUGGUAUUGCUCAGACAUGCAAUGCAGAGGCAUACAUAUUGCCUGCAGGACUUAGCACUGGAGCUCUGAUAGCAAUAUUGGCUUGUGUCUUAACGCUGCUGGUUCUUGUCUUGCUGAUUGUCACCAUGAGGCGACGGAAAAAAGAACCCCUCAUUUUUGAUGAAGAGAGAGAUAUCAGAGAGAACAUUGUCAGGUAUGAUGAUGAGGGUGGUGGAGAAGAAGACACUGAGGCUUUUGACAUGGCUGCCUUGAGAAACCUCAACAUCAUCCGGGACACCAAGACCAGGAGGGAUGUGACACCUGAGAUUCAGUUCUUGAGCAGACCAACUUUUAAAAGCAUCCCAGAUAAUGUAAUUUUUAGGGAAUUUAUCUGGGAGAGACUAAAAGAAGCUGAUGUGGACCCCUGCGCACCACCCUAUGACUCCCUGCAGACAUAUGCCUUUGAGGGGAAUGGCUCAGUUGCAGAGUCACUCAGCUCCUUAGAUUCGAUCAGCUCAAACUCUGACCAGAACUACGAUUACCUCAGUGACUGGGGCCCUCGCUUUAAAAGGCUUGCAGAUAUGUAUGGGACUGGACCAGACUGCUUAUACUCAUAGCCUUGGAACCUUUCUCUGAAAAUGCACUGAAGAAUACUAAAAUAAAAAACUUAACCUUACAGACAGAAGAAAGUUGUAAAUAGUUCUCCAUUUUUAAUCUUUUUUUUUUUUUUUUCUUUUUGCCUUGUUGGAACAUGUCUUCAUUAAACUUGUCCUAGGGAUUGCACUGACCCCAUAGCAUAGGAUCAUCUGAGGCAUUUUUAAUAAAAUGAAAUGCUCAGACACGUUCAAAUAGAUAGCAACCAUAAGAUACCUUCAGAGGCAACUCACUUUCGAGAGUAUGUUAUGCACUGUGACCUCAAUGAGUCAAUUACACUCUGUAGAUGCCUUUACAGUAUUGCUAUAUCUAGAACACAGUCUUUGAUAUAAGUGUAAGAAGAAGCAAAUUAACAAAUAUAAUUCAGUACAGUAUUUGCAAUAUAUAGUAUUUGCAAAUGUAGGCCUUUUAGCAAAUUUUCUUUACAAUGCUGCAUGCAGCUUGCUAAGCCAAAACCAGAAGUACAGAAAAUAAAACAAACAAAAACCCAGA